CAGCUUGAGAAGGCAGACACGCGCUGAAGUGCUGGUGCGCGGACCAUCUCCAGCCACACUUCGUUGGCCAAGGGUUAGGGGUGUGCAUGCCAAAUCUUGAAGGCACGCUCGCCAGUCCCAACUUACGCUUUGCCAUGUACCCACGGGUAUCACAUUGAAUCCUAAUCCCGUCAGACGGCAACCGAGGAAACCGUAGGAAAGACGGGAGUGUCCUCCACAAACAUUAUUGUCUUCGGCCGGAGAGGCGUGCCAACAGUUUGAAGAUGAUCUCCAUGAGCACGACGACCCCGCGUGCGGCUGAGAACAGUCGUGGGACAGGGGGGAGUAUCAAGGGGCAAUAGAGGUCAGCCGCAUUUAUCACAAAGCAAGUUCCCAUGAUCCUUAAUGUCUGAAACCCAGGAAGCAUCAAUUAAGUCAGAAUGCUCAAAAGAAGGACCUCGUCGCUUGACUCGGUGAGAUUGCUGGGUGAUCCCGUUAUCGGCCGGGAGCCCGCCAAACCCUCAGAACCUUCGGAAGCCACCUCCAGAUGUCUGCGACUUCAAGUCCAAAAUGAUGGAAAGACCAGUUUCACCGCCGUCGACUUGUCACAGACCAAACCCAACCCUGACGAAGCCCUGGAACCCUCUCAAGAUUACGAUUUGAUAUACCUCGUUGAAGCUCAUAGCGACCUUCAGGCAACGCGUUUGGCAGAUAUGGGGUUGUACCUGCCCCCAGAGUUCUUCACAGCCCAUCUUGGACGCGGCUCAGGACACAAAAUGGGCUUCCACCAGGACAGAUCUACCGGUAGUUUCUUUGUCAGCUGGUCAGAACCAGCCCUGCAAAAGUCUGAGGGUUGGAAAAUGGAGAAGAAGAUUCGCGCGGGAACACCAUGGGAUACAGACCAAACUGCCGACCCCCAAUCCACAUACGAGAGCCAUUGUCGAUGGGGAACGUUUCCGGAGGGGGUAUAUAGACCAUACCAUCCGCUUCACCCAUCACAGAGGAUGGAGAGUGUUGUUCUUCAUCAUGCCUCAACGCGCAUGUCGUUUCAUUACUCGAGACGGGAGAAUGGCCAACUUGUUGGGUGCCUUCUGGUCGAUCCACAAAGAAUGCAUACAGUCAGGCAGGUGAACCUCAACUUGUGGUCUGGAGACAUAGGCUCCAAACCUCUGCCGAAUCAGCCCUGUUUUAUCCUCGAGACGACAGCCCUAGACCGUAUCAAAAAGGCGCUGGAUGCCCCGAGUCCGUUUCGAGGAAGACAAAAUGAUACUUGGCUCAUACAAACGAUGCUUGGUUUUGUGGUGGAUGAUAUGCCAACCAUCCUGUUCGAGCUGGGUCGGGGGUUGGACGAGGUCGAAUUGUAUUUGGGCGAAGACGAGCAGCUGCGCUCCUCGGUGCCGCAGUGGAGAGAUUAUCUUGGCCGAUGGCGGAACACCCUCGCCAACCUCCGGGUCUCUGUCCGGUAUAUGAUGGAGAAACUUGAUCAGCACACCAAGGAGAGGCCCCGUCAGUUGGUCCCGCCAUACGGCGAUGACUCGGAGCAAAUGAUAGCAUGGCGACUCAACCAGAUCAACGCUGAACUCGAGGCGAUUCGAAAUAGAGUCGAAACGGCUUUUCAAGCGCUUAUGUCGACCCUCAGCAUUUUAGAGAGCCAGCGGGCCAUCGCCCAAGCCGAGUCGAUAUCGAAGCUUACACAACUGGCCUUCUUCUUUAUACCACUGAGCUUCAUUGCUGCUGUUUUUGGGAUGAACGUAAUUGAAUUUCAAGACCAAUACACCUGGCCACGAUGGCUGGGAGUGUCCAUAGGCGUCACCGCUGUCACAUACCUUGCGCUAUACUUUUCCACCGUCCAGACCGCUGUCACCCACACCAUCCCGAGCACGAUCGCUCGCAGCAUCAACUGGCCUUCCAUCGGGCGGGUUGGCAACCGUCUCAUAAAGUUCAUGACAGCCCUCACCACUGCCAGCACGAUCUAUAUGCUCUUGAUAUUCACCGUUCUCUCAGGUCUCUUCAUUGGUCUGAGCUUCGUAGGCUUCAGGUUAGAGAUGCCACUUGGUGGAGUUGUGGGUGUGUCACUGGGUAUGGCUAUUGUCGCUGUGGGACUGAUACUUUUAUCUUUCGUCUGGCUCGGCUUUUUGCGGAAGAAAGUGGAGGGGUAUGGCCCAGUGACAACGUCCAUAUAUGAUAGGGGUGGGAGUGGGCUUCAGCGGCGGGAAUCGGAUAUAGAGCUGGUGAGGAGGCUGAACAUAUAGGUAAGCAUCGAGAACUAGGCAAAAGAAACGGAACUGAAAGACGAG